CUCCUCCCUCGUUCUCCUUCAUAAACCUCCCCAUAAACCCUAAUUCCUCAUUCGAUCAUGGCGUUUUUCUUCUUCUCUCGGUAUGCUCUUGCUCUGCUCUUUCUCUCCCUUGCCCUCUACUGCGGCAUCGAUCCCUUCAAGCACAGCGCAAUCUCCGACUUCCCGGACUUCGUCGCUCACGGGAUCGAGACUCCUCCUUCCUCCGAUAUCCCGGCUGAGAGAGAUGCCCAGAAUUCGCUCCAGAGAUCGGAUAUUAUGUUUCUGAACCAGGUUCAGGGCCCAGAGAGCAUCGUGUUUGACCGGCUCGGUCGCGGUCCGUACACCGGCGUCGCUGACGGGAGGGUUUUGCUCUGGAAUGGAGAGAAGUGGGUUGGUUUCGCUUAUACCUCGAGCAAUCGGUCGGAGAUUUGUGAUCCGAAGCCGUCGACUUUGAGUUACGUUAAGAAUGAGCAUAUAUGUGGUCGUCCUUUGGGCCUCCGUUUCGAUAAGAGAACUGGUGAUUUGUACAUCGCCGAUGCUUAUCUGGGUUUGCUGAGAGUUGGUCCUGAAGGUGGCUUGGCAAUGCCGCUUGUGACGGAGGCCGAGGGCGUGCCAUUGAGGUUUACGAACGAUCUCGACAUUGAUGAUGAUGGAAAUGUUUACUUCACAGAUAGCAGCACCAAGUACCAGAGGAGGAACUUCAUGCAACUUGUUUUCUCUGGAGAUGAUAGCGGGAGGGUCCUAAAGUAUGAUCCUAAAACCAAUAAAGUUGAUGUUUUAGUGAGAAAUGUUCAGUUUCCCAAUGGAGCGUCUCUUAGCAAAGACGGUUCCUUUCUCAUAUUCUGCGAGGGAGCCAUUGGAAGAUUACGAAGAUACUGGUUAAAAGGCGAGAAAGCCGGGGCUUCAGAAGUGUUUGCGAUAUUACCCGGGUUCCCUGACAACGUAAGAACAAACAAAGACGGUGAAUUCUGGGUGGCGCUUCACUGCCGACGCAACUAUUUCGCUGAGGUAAUGGCAAAGUAUCCUAAAUUCAGGAAAUUUCUGCUGAAGCUCCCGAUUUCGGCAAGAACCCAGUUUGGAUUUCACAUCGGGCUGAGACCUCAUGCUGCGGUGGUGAAGUAUAGCCCUGAAGGCAAGCUUUUGCAGAUACUGGAGGACAGUGAAGGGAGAGUUGUGAGGUCGGUCAGUGAAGUGGAAGAGAAGGAUGGCAAACUUUGGAUAGGGAGUGUGUUGAUGAAUUUCAUUGCUCUCUAUCAUCUUCCUUGAAUCAAACAACAACACGAAAAACAGAGUGUGGGUUUUAAUAACACUACAGUAACUGAUAAAUGAAGGUCAAAGGAAUAAGCUUUUUCCUAUUUCCUA